GCAGCCUGACGUCAGCUUCCAGCAGCAGUCGCCUGUCAGUUCUACACUAUUUCCUGCUGACACACUUCGCUCUGGGAUUGAUUUAGAUAAGAGUGGCCUUUAGAGCUAGAAAAACUUGUUUGACAGCUGCUGAUAGCAUGCGAGCUAAUGGUUAGCAGUGCAGGAGGAGUCAUGCUCUGGUCAAAGUAGAAACGCUGUAUUGUUUCAUCUUCUAUUUCGAGGAAAAACAUGGCAGAGGUGUUUUCCCGCUUGAGUAUGUUUAGAAUCGGGUGGAGAGGCGUGAGAUUGAGCAGGAAAGUCACUAAUGCAGCUGCUUCUGCGCAGACGCAGCGCCGCUACAGCACAGAUGUGUGUGAAGGGGAUCGCAGCUUGUUUGGGCUUCUCUUUGACAUCGACGGGGUGCUGGUUCGUGGACGGACGCCGAUCCCUGCAGCCAAACAGUGUUUCAGGAACCUGGUGGACAGUGAUGGAAAAUACAAGGUCCCUGUGGUGUUUGUGACGAAUGCGGGAAACUCUCUCCGAGAAACCAAAGCCGAGCAGCUGUCUCGUCUUCUGGAGGUCGAGGUGUCUGCAGACCAGGUGGUGCUAUCCCACAGUCCUCUGCGGGUUUUCUCUCAGUUCCAUGAGCUGUGUGUGCUGGUGUCCGGACAGGGACCCGUCGUGGAAGUCGCACACAAUGUAGGUUUCAAGAACGUUGUGACCAUUGACAUGUUAAGGGAAGCCAAUCCUCUCCUGGAUGUAGUGGAUCACAACCGCAGACCCAAAGACACGAAUCCCCCGUCUAAGGAUUUGCCACCAAUAGACGCCAUCGUCCUGUUCGGUGAACCUGUCAGGUGGGAGACCAGCAUACAGCUGAUCACUGAUGUGCUCUUGACCAAUGGGAGGCCAGGAAACCCUGUGACAUCACUGCAUUACCCACACAUGCCUGUGCUGGCCUGCAACAUGGAUCUCCUGUGGAUGGCUGAAGCCAAAAACCCUCGAUUCGGUCAUGGCAUGUUCCUCGUGUGUCUGGAGAGCAUCUAUAAGAAGAUAACAGGCUGUGAGCUGAAGUACGAGGCUCUGAUCGGGAAGCCCAGCGUUGUGACUUAUAACUAUGCUGAGCUGCUCAUUAGAAAACAGGCCGAGCAACUGGGCUGGACCCGACCGGUCGAGAGACUUUACGCCAUUGGUGAUAACCCAAUGGCUGAUAUUUACGGUGCAAACCUGUACAACCGCUACCUCAAAGCGAUGCAUCGCACCCGUGCACAGGUGCAUGCGCAGGGCGGCUCGAGCAGCCAGGUGACCGCAGACCUGCAGUGUGACGCGUCCGACGAUGCCAAGCGCUCCGGACGGGUGAUGGUGGGAGGCUCGUUCGAUCAUCGUCUGCCUGAAGGCUGCAGCUCCAUCCUGGUCUGCACCGGCGUCUAUAACCACCAGGACUUGCCCUCGGACCCGGAGCAGACGGUCACGGAGCAGCAGAUAUUCCACGGUCACCGGGACUUCCGCUUCGACCCCAGCCUGACCCAGCCUUCGUUCGUGGUCCAUGACGUUCAGGACGGAGUGGAGCUGGUCUUCCAGCUGGAGGGUUGGCCACUGCAGUAAAUCAUCGAGUAUUAACCCAUAUCUACCCCGAUUAUAAUUCGUGUCAACACAGGAAGUGUCCAUUGCGUCUACAGAGUUUUGACCUCAGACCACAAAACAAAAAAAGUCGUCAUAAGGGUUAAUUUUUCUAAACUGAGAUUUAUAAAUUUAGACGAAAGCUGAAUAAAUAAGCUUUCCAUUGAUGCAUGGUUUGUAAGGAUCGGACAAUAUUUGGCUAAAUGCAUAUUACUAAUAAAAAUUAAGUUUUGAUAUAUUUACAUGAGUAAAAUUACACUAUGGAACAUGAAAUCCUAAUGAUUUUUGGCAUAAAAUAAAAAUAUAUAGCAAUAUAUUGCUACAAAUAUAACCGUGCUACUUAAAACUGCUUUUGUGCUCCAGGGUCACAUUGCAUUUUUACAUACAGCUAUUUGAGCCCUUUUAUUUCUCCUGUCAGUCUAAAAUGAUUUUACACCUAUGUUAACUGAUUGCAUUGAAUUUGAUUUGUUAAAUACUCUAGGAUGUAAUAUUUUUAGUCACUUGCCCUCUAAUUGAACUCAUCUUUUGUAUUUAAAAGGCUGUUUCCAGAGUAAAUAUAAAUAAAGUAAUUAUAAGGGUGUGGUAAUGCUUGCAACAUUUUGGCACAAAGGUGCAUUAUCUUUUGUCAGUAGUGUAACGAUGCAUGAAGCACAGAUCACAACAGCUAAAAAUAGACUUUUAUGUGACUGCAUAAACAUAUUAUUCAGAGGCCCAUUUAUGCUACUUUUUUGCUCAUAAUUGCGACUUUAUAUUUUCUCAGUGUGAUAGUGUCUAACAAUAUUACUUCUCUUAUUUCUUCAACGUUUGUGUAAUUUCACAGAGACCAAAAAAAGUCCAUUAACUAUUCAAGCUCAUUUCUGCUUUAGAUAAGAAAAGCGACUUUGUAUCCCACAUUUGCUACUUUGUUGCUACUUUCAACGAAUUGUGUUUUGAUGCAGUUACAUAAAACGUAAAUUUUUGUGCUAGUUUUAUUAAAAUACAGUGUUUUCAUGCAUUUUGCUGUCGUUGGCGUUUAAGAUGAUUCGCUUUGACAUGACCUCAAGUCAGUUAAUGGUGUUCUCUGAAAUAUUAGCCGUUAAACGUUCACAUACAGUACGCCUCAGUUAGUUUGAGUAAAUCUGCUGUAAAACACUGUACCACUGUUCUUUCUAUCUGUUUUUCUGUGUGAACGGAUCAUAGGACAACGCUGAUCUGUGAUCUGUUUAAUAGCCUGUAUUGUUUAGGUUUACGAAAGAACAAGAUACUGUACAUUUAUUUGACAGUUUUUAACAUGUUAAGCAUUUUAUUGUACUCUACACAACCUACUGUUGAAUAAACGUCCCAUAAGAGGUAAUCCGUAA